UGCCCUUGGUUGUAAUCUUCAGGUCAUGUGACAUAUGGUCGUACAAAAAAAUAUCGGUGUAUAUUUCAAUGUUGUAAUCAGCUGUGCGUACUCUGGGAAACUAUUAUCGUAGUCUGUUUCAACUUAAACUCGUAUAUUUUUGUUUGUGUAUCAUUAUGUGAAUGAUAGAUAAAAUGGUGUGAAGGAAGUGUAAUUUGUUUGUUAAUUGUGAUUAUUAGGUUUGUGUGUAUUUUAUAGUAUAAUGAGUUUUAAAUUGAAUUCAGUACGAGCCGGCUCUAUGAGUCCGCCAAGAGUCGGUAGAAGCUCUGAUCUGGAUAAUAAUAAUCGUAAAAUGACCACCAUGCAUGAUUUACAAGUUCUGAUUAAAGGAAAGGAUGAAAAAAUUAUGGAAUUACAAAAACAACUGUCCGAAAAGGACGAACACCUUCAGGAACUUCGCAGUCAGUUGGAUAAAUAUCAAAGUGUUUUUGGUCAAACUUUUAAGCAAGUUACAAAAGGACCUAGAAAGCAAAGGGCCCAGGGAAUAUCAGCUGAACCUCAAAUGGUACAAAAUCUAGUCAACCAAGUUUUCAAGAAGCACUCAAAAUGUACAAGCUCACGAGAUUUAAUAAAGCAAGCAAUAUUAGACAAUGACUUUAUGAAGAAUUUAGAAAUGGGACAAAUACGAGAAAUAGUGGACUGUAUGUAUCCUGUAGAAUAUAAGCAGGACAGUUUGAUUAUCAAAGAAGGAGAUGUAGGAUCACUUGUAUAUGUUAUGGAAGAUGGCAAAGUUGAAGUGACGAAGGAUGGACAGAAGUUAUGUACUAUGGGUCCUGCUAAGGUGUUUGGAGAGCUCGCCAUUUUAUAUAAUUGUACAAGAACAGCCAGCGUAAAAGCUUUAAUUAAUUGUAAAUUAUGGGCCAUAGAUCGACCAUGUUUCCAAAGUAUAAUGAUGCGAACGGGCAUGAUGAGACAGACUGAGCACAUGGAGUUCAUUAAAAGUGUUCCAACUUUUAAAAAUUUGCCUGAGGAAUCGCUGAGUAAAAUUGCCGACGUGUUGGAGGAGACACAUUUCAACAAUGGUGAAUACAUCAUUAGGCAAGGUGCAAGAGGGGAUACAUUCUUUAUCAUAGCAAAGGGAAAGGUAAAAGUAACAAAAAGAAAUUCCAAGUCUGGCGAAGAGCAAGUUAUUCGCCAUCUUCAAAGAGGAGACUUCUUUGGGGAAAAGGCAUUACAAAGUGAGGAUAUACGAACUGCCAAUGUGGUUGUCGCAGAUCCCGCCGGUGUGGAAUGUCUAGUCAUAGACAGAGAGUCUUAUUGUCAAUUGAUUAGCGACUUUGACGUCCUUAAGAAAGUAUACGAAGAUGACGAAGAGCACACAUCGUUUGAUGCCGAGUUUACAAAGUUGAAAUUAAGCGAUCUCAGUAUAGUUGCAACACUGGGUGUUGGUGGCUUUGGAAGAGUUGAACUGGUUCAAGUUAACAAUGACAGUAGUAGAACAUUUGCCCUGAAAAUUUUAAAGAAACAUCAUAUAGUAGAAACACGUCAACAAGAACAUAUCAUGAAUGAAAAGAAAAUUAUGUCAGAAUCGAGAACAGAUUUUAUAGUUAGGUUGUAUAGGACUUUCAAAGACCGAAAGUAUUUGUAUAUGUUAUUAGAAGUUUGCCUCGGAGGAGAGUUAUGGACAGUAUUGAGAGACAAAGGCUCAUUUGAUGAUGGAACAACUAGAUUUUAUACAGGAUGUGUGAUAGAAGCAUUAGCCUAUCUUCAUAACAAAGGGGUUGUUUACAGAGAUCUCAAACCAGAAAACCUCUUAUUAGACACCAACGGAUAUGUCAAACUGGUUGAUUUUGGUUUCGCUAAAAAGGUAGGAUUGGGAAGAAAGACGUGGACAUUCUGUGGAACACCAGAAUAUGUGGCCCCAGAAAUCAUUCUGAAUAAAGGACACGAUAUCUCGUCAGAUUUUUGGUCGUUAGGGAUACUAAUGUAUGAACUACUCACUGGAAGUCCACCGUUCUCAGGACAAGAUCCAAUGAAAACUUACAAUAUAAUACUGAAAGGCAUAGAUGCUAUAGAUUUUCCAAGAAAAAUUACGAAGAAUGCUCAAAAUCUCAUCAAAAAGUUAUGCAGGGAAAACCCGUCAGAAAGGUUGGGAUUUGGACGAGGUGGGAUGCGAGAAAUACAGAAACACAAAUGGUUUGAUGGAUUUAACUGGGAAGGAUUACGUAAAAGAACGACGAAAUCACCAUUUAUUCCAGAGAUUAAAAAUCCCGUCGACACAACGAACUUCGAUGAUUAUCCAGAGGAAGAAGAUGAACCACCACCAGAUGACGUCACAGGAUGGGAUCGAGAAUUUUGAUGACGUAUUAAUCUAUGUGAUAUUAUUGACAAAAUGGUGAUUGCAAUUCUAGCCGGGCAGGUGUGGAGAUCGUUGAACUAUUUUUAACUGUGAUAUAAUAGGCGAUUUAGUGACUUGAAGACAAGGGAGUGAAACGAUGUGUAUACAGUUCAAACACUAUUCAAUUACUAGAUAGGUUUUAUGAAUGCUAAGAAUCGGACUGUGAGCCGUCCAGCGUUGCAUUACAGAAAUUUCUUGAUUCAAGAAAUGCAUUGUAGAAAAUAGUAGAAUAUUUGUUUGUUUUACUCUACAUAUUCCUGUUGAACUGUAUGAAUAAAUAGAUUAUUUUAUUAUUCCAUAUUUGUUUUCGUACAAGUCUAAGGUGUUUAUAUUGUUAUUAAAGAUGAGAUAACAUUAUUUUUUAAUUGUGCCUACAAGUGGAUAUGAAAUGGUUACACAAAAGUGCCUCAAAAGUUAAAUUACUUGUCUUCCACUAAAUAUUUCAAAAUAUUUUUCUAUACUUUUAUGUUAAACAUCAGCGUAAUCAAAUAUAUAUGCAUUUUUUCUAACAUUAUGAAAGAGUGUUCUUUAAUUUAUUUUUAUAAACUUUGUUAAAAUGCUAAAAUGAUGAACAUUUUUAUUUAUGAAUCAGUCAAUUGAUGUUACAAAAUGUAUCUAAUGUUCACAAAUCUUUGUAGUUUCUAUUUAUUUCCAGUGACUUUUUUAAAUUAAGGUUACCAAUAUAGUAUUAACGUCUAUAUGGUUAUAUCUUGAAAUAGUUUUAUAGUAUAUCAUUAAAUAAUUCAAAACAGUGCGAGAGAUAUUUAAAAAAAAAUUCUCUCCAAGAAAAAACAACCUAAUUAUGCAGUGUUAUGCAGAAAAAAACAAUGAUUAAAAUUAGACUUGUAAUCACAAACGCCGCCGUUUGUAAAAAAAACCAUGUACAUGUAGGUUAAAAGUGCAUAGUCAACCCAAAGUUGGAUGGCAAAACUACUUCUUGUCCAGUUUAUUAUUCCUUGCCAGUAGGAUGUUUAUCUUAAACAUUGUGUAACUUUUAUAAUUGGUGCAAUAUCUUGAGUUAUAACUACUAUAAAUUAAAAUUAAAUUUUUAAAGCAAUACACAAACAACUGCACACUGUUUUGAUUGGUUUCUGUUUUACAAAAUAUAAAAAUUGCAAUAAAUAUUGAAUUGAACAUCAACAUGAAAUGACAAAUGUGCCUCGUAUUCUGAUGCUUUAUAUUUAAAUGUAUGACCUUUUUAAAAAAUAUACCUAUCCCCUGCAUACAUACAAAAAGACACAGCCAUAUUGUUAGUGGUGAUGAGGACUGAAAAAAAAAAAAUUGUUUUGUAAAAUAUGUUAUUUAUUAUAAUUGUGUAGUUUUCCGGUAGGGUAGGCAAACCAAAAUAGCAACCUAAACAAUUACACCACUUUUAGUUAUUGAAAGGACAAAACACUGUUUUCAAAUACAAGUAAUUCAUUGUUGAAAUCCACAUAACAGAUACAUUGAUUCAGAGGUUGUGUAUUUUAUGUUAUUGGUAUUUUAUCUUUUGAAAUGGCAUAUUAGUUUUAGUUUUGGUUUUGUUUUGUCUGUUUUAAAUAGUUUGUUUUAAUUAGAAAAAAAGUCAUGUCUCUGUUUUCAUCAUACUUUUCUUCAGAAACAUAUUUUAUAUUAUAAUUUUAGAAAGAAAUAGACAAAUAAUGGUAUUUUUCGAAUUAAUUGUUUUAAUAUCAAAUGUAUUACAUAAUUGAUUUGACUUUUUUUGGGUUGUUUUUUGUAAUUUACAUAAAAAUGUAGCUUUAAAUCGUAUUUAUUAACAGAAAGCAACUAUUAUACCUGGGAUAACAGGUAUUACAAAAAAGUGAAUUGAUCAUUUUAGGAUGAAAUGAUGGUUUGUAGGCACCAUAACUUAGUACAUAAAUUGAUGCAUUGUUUUUUAAUUAAAACAAAAAACGAUAGAUUGUAUUUAAAAGAUGUGCUGUUAUAAUUAUGUACAAUGUACAAACGUUCAUUAUUAAUACAAAAUAUAAUUUUUAA